AUGUCCGACGACCGUCGGAGCAACCAGCAGAGCCCUCAGCAGCCUGCUGGGGGCGCAGCGGUCUCGGUGGCGGGCGACGACAUCGGUCUCAGCGUGGACCUCGCCGAGCUCAUGCAGACGGACCCCGUCAAGGCGAAGUGGCAGCUCCAGGUCCACAAGGUAUCCCACUCGUUGGCCCUGACAGGCAGCAAGGCUCUUGGAAGGCAAAGGAACACUCUGAGGCUCUACGCAACCGAAGCGGACCAGAUGGGGCGGAGCGAGGGCGACAGCAUGAGGGAGCACGCCGAUCUCAACCAGGAGAUCGAGAAGCUCAUCUCCGAGAAUGCCUGGUUCACGAUGGCGAGGCCCGCGCUCGACGAGUUGCUCUUCAAGCUCAAGGAGAAGGGCUUCGACUUCCCCACCAAGGCCAAGAACGACUGCGCGGCACGUGCUAUCGCGGACUGGUCGCAGAACACGACAGAGAGUCUGGAGACCCGUGUGGCCAGCCUGCUCGACAUGGUCCAGGCGUGGCCGAAACCUGGGGAGGAGGCGACGUUUGACCCCUUGCAGCCUCGUGUGCGCCACAUGGAUGGCUCGCCGAAGGACCUCAUGGCUACGAUGAUGGAUACGGUGCUGAAGAAGGUGAUCAUACCGCUCCUCAAGGACGGUGCCAGCAGCUUCGACUGCUUGCUGAGGGUGAUCAGGAACAUCAUCACUAUGAUCUCGCAGGCCAGCGACGAGGAGAACCUCGACUUCGAGCCCUACGAGGAGUCGGGGGACACCAUGCUCUCGAUGCUCCGUGGCAUCGCGGUGGUCAUACAGCCUGACAUUGAACAGCAGCGCGAGCUCCAGGCCACCAACAAAGACUUCGACAAGCUUCAGGCGGCCUCUGCGAACCUGCAGCCAGGCGAACUCAGCGUCAUCGCAACGAUGAAGCAGAACGGCCACUACAAGACCCUCCUUGCGGAAUACAUGCGUUGCAAGCCCCACUAUGAUGAUAUCAUGCCCCGCUUGGCUGAGAGCCAGAAGCAGCUGACGGAGCUCGAGAUCACCCGAGGGUUCCAGGACAACAGCCUCAUCGUGCUGAAUGCUUGGAAGACGAAGCUCGGAGCGGAGAAUAAGAUACGCAGUGCCCAACUCAAAAGCAUGUCAGACUGCCUCGAGACCUCUACCAUGGCAGUGCUGACAGAUGCGCUCGACUCCGUCAAGAAGAAUACGCUUCCACAGAAUAUGGCAGCCAACUUGAGGGAGCUGCUCACGACGUGUAAGGAUGCCAAGUUCGAUAUCCCCUUCGCCGACGAGCUCAACGCUUUCGUAGAGGCCGCUUCUAAGAGACAGACGGUGGACAGCCAUACCACCAGCUUCUGCGACGCCAUGGGCUCGUUCAGCUUCACGGCCCCUCGCGACGCCCGCCAGGGGGCUGUAAGCAGCCUGGUCGGGAUGGCCAAGACCUACAUCGACUUCGGCGUGACGACGAAGAACCAGCGCGUCGAGGACGCGAUCUACGCCUUCCUGGGUAACACCAUGCUGCACAUGGGCAAGGACGAGGACUACAACCUCUUGGAGGGCACCUGCAGUUUCAUGAUGAGCCAGUGCCAGCUCUGCUCGAUCCUGCUGGACGUCGUGGGUGAAGUGCGCCACGACAUGGUAGCGACCAAGGCGGCCUUGAAUACGCUGAGCGGCCUGCAGUGGGACUUCACCAACGUGUACAACUACAUGAAGCUCGGCGACGACGCCGAAAAGCGCAUCAUGGCCGACAAGAGCUCCGUGGCCCUCAAGCGCUUCGUGGCGGCGAAGGAGGCCAUGCUUCAGGCGAAGGAUGACAUCUUUCCUGCGUUCUUCGAGCGCUGGUGCGACGAGGUGAAUGACAUGGCAGCGCAGGCUAAGGAGCUAGACUGCACUGCGCACGUUGAUAAGUUCGCGAAUGCUGCCGCCAAGCUCGCUCGAGAGUUCGUCUGGGGGUGCGCCUCAGGCAAGUGGUAUGACGGGCUCUCGACCGACGACCCGUCCAAGUUGCCCGACUACCACGAGCGCGCCAAGACAUCGCUCUACCCGAACUGCUCACCGUCCAAAGCGAAGACCGAGAUCGACAGCUUGAAUCACAGGAUGGAGGCUGCGACCUCCGCCAUGAAGAUGCACCUUGACGUGGACGAGGGUCGCGCGGAGAAGAUGGCGACAGCGGUGGGCGUGCUCAACCGCCUGAGGAUCUCGUACUGCGAAGGGAUGCUGCUCAUCUGCCUUCGCGACUUCGCUGACCAGCCUCUCAAGCUGAAGCGCAACGUCAAAUCGCACAUGUCCUUCCUGCCCGAGCCGCUUCACGGUGAGUUGCCCUUGCCGCUGUCCACGAAAGUCGAGGAGGUCACGCAGGGCAAGAAAUGA